AUGAAGGGCCCUUUGUUGAGCAAGAAUGAGCAUACCACAAUCAAUAGCGAUUCAUCAUCAUCAUCAGAUGAGCACAUCGUCGACGUGGCAGCCAAUUUCGAUUUUGCAUCAAUUAUGCAAGCACCAAACAGCAAAUGGGCAACUGCUCUGAAUGUGUUCGACUUGGUUAUGUCUUUGGUCCAGCUUAUUGUAGCCACGGUAAUUGUGAAAGGAGCAAAAGGUGAUCACCCAGAAGCAACAUGGAUCAUCGUUUAUGCUCGUGCUUGUUUUGCCAAUAUCCCUGUUCUAUGUUGGGGUUUCUUCCGUUACCAAAGUGCUACCUCAGAGAUUAGGUAUAUAAAUUAA